GGGGGAAGCUCACUCCCGCUGUCUGCGCUGCCAAGCCGGGUGUCCCUCUCCAGCGCCACAGCUCCACUGCCCCUCGCCAUGAGCACCACCACUGUCAGGCAGUACUCCUCCUCCUCCUCCCUCAAGGGCCUGGGGGGCCUGGGGGGAGGCUCCAGCAGGCUUUCCUGCGUGCGCGGAGGAGGCUACAGAGCCCCCAGCGUCCACGGAGGCUCCAGCAGCUACUCCGUCUCCUCCCGCAUCGUCUCGGGGCUGGGCAGCGGCUAUGGGGGCAGCUACUGCAGCAGCGUCGGAGGGGGCCUGGGCGCUGCCUUCGGGGGUAGCUACGGGGCCGGCUUCGGGGCCGGCUUCGGGGCCGGCUUUGGAAGUGGCUUCGGAGGCGGCUUUGGCGGUGGCGAUGGUAUCCUCCCGGCCGGCGAGAAGGAGACGAUGCAGAACCUCAACGACCGCCUGGCCGCCUACCUGGACAAGGUGCGUGCCCUGGAGGACGCCAACACCGACCUGGAGGUCAAGAUCCGGGAGUGGUACAAGAAGCAGGGACCUGGUCCGGACCGUGACUACAGCCCCUACUACAGGACCAUCGAGGAGCUCAGGAGCAAGGUGCUGGUGGCCACAGUCGACAACGCCAACAUCCUCCUGCAGAUUGACAAUGCCAGGCUGACAGCUGACGACUUCAGGACCAAGUUUGAGACGGAGCAGGCUCUGCGCCUGAGCGUGGAGGCUGACAUCAACGGCCUGCGCAGAGUCCUGGACGAGCUGACCCUGGCCAGAGCUGACCUGGAGAUGCAGAUUGAAUCGCUGAAGGAGGAGCUGGCCUACCUCAAGAAGAACCAUGAGGAGGAAAUGAACGCCCUGCGUGGGCAAGUGGGUGGAGAGAUCAGCGUGGAGAUGGACGCUGCUCCUGGAAUCGACCUCACCAAGAUCCUGGCCGACAUGAGGGAGCAGUACGAGAGCCUGGCCGAGAAGAACCGCAGGGACGCCGAGCAGUGGUUCUUCAGCAAGACGGAGGAGCUGAACCGCGAGGUGGCCAUCAACACGGAGCAGCUCCAGAGCGGCAAGACGGAGAUCACGGAGCUGCGACGCACCAUCCAGAGCCUGGAGAUAGACCUGCAGUCCCAGCUCAGCACGAAAGCGGCGCUGGAGGGCACCUUGGCCGACACAGAGAACCGCUACGGCACCCAGCUGGCCCAGCUGCAGGGGCUGAUCACCAGCGUGGAGGAGCAGCUGGGCGAGCUGCGCUGCGACAUGGAGCGCCAGAACCACGAGUACAGGGUCCUGCUGGACGUCAAGUGCCGCCUGGAGCAGGAGAUCGCCACGUACCGCCGCCUCCUGGAGGGCGAGGACGCCCACAUGUCUUCUCACUACACCUCGCAGCCUGUGAAAGAAGCACCCGUAACUACCCGCCAAAUCCGCACGAUCUUCGAGGAAGUGCAGGACGGGAAGGUGAUUUCCUCCCGCGAGCAGAUCACCCAGAACAAAGGAAAAAUGACGAUUCUGGAAGUUGGCUCAGAUUUUAGGAGUGAUGAAAAUCAUCGGGAAUGCAACAACAAAAAAAAAAAAGUGCCGGCAACGCCUCCUGCCCGGGCUAUAAAGGGCUCCAAGCCCGGGGGAAGCUCACUCCCGCUGUCUGCGCUGCCAAGCCGGGUGUCCCUCUCCAGCGCCACAGCUCCACUGCCCCUCGCCAUGAGCACCACCACUGUCAGGCAGUACUCCUCCUCCUCCUCCCUCAAGGGCCUGGGGGGCCUGGGGGGAGGCUCCAGCAGGCUUUCCUGCGUGCGCGGAGGAGGCUACAGAGCCCCCAGCGUCCACGGAGGCUCCAGCAGCUACUCCGUCUCCUCCCGCAUCGUCUCGGGGCUGGGCAGCGGCUAUGGGGGCAGCUACUGCAGCAGCGUCGGAGGGGGCCUGGGCACUGCCUUCGGGGGUAGCUACGGGGCCGGCUUCGGGGCCGGCUUCGGGGCCGGCUUUGGAAGCGGCUUCGGAGGUGGCUUUGGCGGUGGCGAUGGCAUCCUCCCGGCCGGCGAGAAGGAGACGAUGCAGAACCUCAACGACCGCCUGGCCGCCUACCUGGACAAGGUGCGUGCCCUGGAGGACGCCAACACCGACCUGGAGGUCAAGAUCCGGGAGUGGUACAAGAAGCAGGGACCUGGUCCGGACCGUGACUACAGCCCCUACUACAGGACCAUCGAGGAGCUCAGGAGCAAGAUUCUUGCUGCUACCGUCGAAAAUGCCAACAUCGUCUUACAGAUUGACAACGCCAGGCUGGCGGCUGAUGACUUCAGAACCAAGUUUGAGACGGAGCAGGCUCUGCGCCUGAGCGUGGAGGCCGACAUCAACGGCCUGCGCAGAGUCCUGGAUGAGCUGACCCUGGCCAGAGCUGACCUGGAGAUGCAGAUCGAGAACCUGAAGGAGGAGCUGGCCUACCUCAAGAAGAACCACGAGGAGGAAAUGAAUGCCCUGCGUGGGCAAGUGGGUGGAGAGAUCAGCGUGGAGAUGGACGCUGCUCCUGGAAUCGACCUCACCAAGAUCCUGGCCGACAUGAGGGAGCAGUACGAGAGCCUGGCCGAGAAGAACCGCAGGGACGCCGAGCAGUGGUUCUUCAGCAAGACGGAGGAGCUGAACCGCGAGGUGGCCAUCAACACGGAGCAGCUCCAGAGCGGCAAGACGGAGAUCACGGAGCUGCGACGCACCAUCCAGAGCCUGGAGAUAGACCUGCAGUCCCAGCUCAGCACGAAAGCGGCGCUGGAGGGCACCUUGGCCGACACAGAGAACCGCUACGGCACCCAGCUGGCCCAGCUGCAGGGGCUGAUCACCAGCGUGGAGGAGCAGCUGGGCGAGCUGCGCUGCGACAUGGAGCGCCAGAACCACGAGUACAGGGUCCUGCUGGACGUCAAGUGCCGCCUGGAGCAGGAGAUCGCCACGUACCGCCGCCUCCUGGAGGGCGAGGACGCCCACAUCUCUUCCCAGUACUCCUCUGCGAUGUCCUCGCACUCCGGCAGGGACGCCAUGACGUCCUCCCGCCAGGUCCGCACGAUCGUGGAGGAGGUGCAGGACGGGAAGGUGGUCUCCUCCCGGGAGCAGGUCGCCCUCACCACCCGCUAACGGCGCUGGGGACCUUCGGCCCCAGGCUCAGGCUCGUGGCCGCUGAACCAAGCCCUGGCUGAGGCUCUGUUCAGUGGGGCUGUGCCGCAGGCAGCUUCAUCCGGCUGCUUCUGUGCCCUGAUUUACCCUAAUUUUUGCGCAGGUGCUAACGUGCUCUCUAUACACAUUUAAUAAAGCUUUUUUUUUUUCAUUCA